AUGAUCUGCCAACAUCCCAAGACUAGUAGCAGGUUGUUUGUUUCUGUGCUCUUGGUUUGCUUGUUGGGAUUUGCUACCCUUGUGGUGGAGGGAUCCUCGGGCACAUCUGGCAACAAUGUGAAACGUCCAGACUGGUUGGAUGUUGACCGUGUGACCAUUCAAGAGUAUAUGGACCUAGCGCGACAGCGUCACAAGGAAGCCAUUGCCAAAGCUCGCGAAUCGUACAAUAUCCUAGAGGCGCCUGGGUAUACCCCCGACGAAGAUUUGCUUUCGCAGCUCCAUUUAAAACCCCGCAUCGUCAAAUCCUCGGGUGGUCUUCCCGAUUUUCAAGAUGAACUCGACAAGAAACUGUUUGUUACAACGCCCACCCCACUGUUCACAGCUGAAGAAAGCCAAGAGUGCAUCGAUAUGGCCGAGGAACAUUUUGAGACCACCAACAAUGGAGAAUGGACCAAAUUGCCUUCAGGCCAAUACGAUGUGGCGGGAUUUUGGAUUCGCGAUAUCCCGGAUGUCCAUGAUUGGUUCUUGAAGAAGCUGCAGACCAAGCUCUUUCCUCUGCUGGCACGUGCCUUUCCUGAAUUUUGUGACAACUCGGUGGAGGAUUUGGUGGUGGAUAAUGCCUACCUCUUCAAGUACACGCCCGAAACUGGACGACGCACCGAUGUUCACACAGACAGUGGAUGUUUGAGUUUCACCAUUUCCUUAAACUCGAAUAGCGAUUAUCAAGGGGGUGGAACUUGGUUUGAAGGAUUGCAAUCGGAUGAGGAUGGAGAACAGGUUAUAGGAAAACAAGUUAUAGAAAUGGAUGUUGGACAGACAACUGUUCGACCUGGCGGAGUCCGACAUUGUGGAUAUGCCGUCACGGAGGGAACCCGAUACAUUAUUGGAGGGUUCUGUAUGCAAGCCAAGAAAGUAGAAUACGUUCGCAUGCUCUUGGGAAUUGGCACGCAAGGGCAGAAUCUAGAAGAACGACAAACAGCGUUGGAGGUGGCCAUUGCCUUGAAUCCUGGAUUUGAUGGAUGCUACGUCAAUCUUGCUGACGUGCUGGUGAAACAAGGCAACACGAAAAAGGCCAAGCAGGUGCUGGAGUACUGUUUGGAACACGUCAAUCCUCAAUGUGGUGAAGUCUCGUAUACGUUGGGUUCCCUCCUGUUUGACGAGGGGGAUCUUGCCCAAGCCAAGAAAUGCAUGGAACGUUGUUUGCAAGUAGACGAUAGCGACGUUGAUGCCAUGGUCUUCAUGUCACAGAUUGUUGCUGCGGAAGGAAACAAACAGGCAGAAAGAGAAUGGAAUGAACGGAUUGUGGGCACACCUGGUGUUGCGGACAUGGCCGCCGCUCAGGCAUACUGUAACCUGGGAGUGCUCCAUGCAGGAGAAGACUUGGAAAUUGACUAUUAUCACAAAUCCUUGACUUGCAACCCGGAAAGCUUUGCGCCACGAUUCAGUUUGGGAUGUGCCUAUGCCGAGCGACAGCAAUGGGACGAAGCCGGACAAGAAUUCCGCUUGGCUUUGGAGUAUGGAGGUGCCAGCAACGACGACGAGGAAAUGAGAGCCAUCAAGGCUUUGUACACCGUGGCUAUGAACACUAUCAAAAGGGAUCAUCCACAGGGAGUUGCCUCGCGAGACGAAAUGAUCCAACUCAUGCGAGAAAUCAUGGGCGGCACCAACUUCGACAAGCUGGCGGCUACAUCCCAACAGAGAUGA